UGAUUGGGUGAGAGUUUCGCGGACUUUGGAUCUUAGUAAAGUCAACCUGCGUUCUUGUGCAACUUUCACCAAACAACAGAUUCCCUACUCUAAUAGCUGCUCAACCCAUCGACCUGAUCAAUAAUCUCAUUGUUGAGCCUGCCUGGGAGCCUCCAUCAUGUCUCUUAGCAAUGGUAAUGGUCACCAUGUCAGUCAGGAGGUCUGGGAGUCACACAACAAGAUGAUGCAGGAACCUCUGUCCACCAACGACUCUGAGGUAUUUGACAUCAUAAAGAGAGAGAAGCAUCGUCAGACGUUUGGUCUGGAGCUGAUAGCGUCAGAGAACUUCACCUCCAGAGCUGUUCUAGAAGCCCUGGGUUCCUGCAUGAACAACAAAUACUCUGAAGGAUACCCUGGACAGAGGUACUAUGGUGGUACAGAACAUGUGGAUGAGUUGGAGCGUCUGUGUCAGAGAAGGGCCCUGGAGGCCUACAGGCUGGACGCUGAGAGAUGGGGUGUCAACGUACAGCCUUACUCUGGUUCCCCUGCUAACUUUGCGGUGUACACUGCCAUCGUGGAACCUCAUGGUAGGAUCAUGGGACUGGACCUUCCUGACGGAGGUCACCUGACACACGGCUUCAUGACCGAUAAGAAGAAGAUCUCCGCUACGUCCAUCUUCUUUGAGUCCAUGCCUUACAAGGUGAAUCCAGACACUGGUCUGAUAGACUAUGACAGACUGGAGGAGAAUGCCAGAUUGUUCCACCCCAGACUCAUCAUUGCAGGCACCAGCUGUUAUUCCCGUAACCUUGACUAUGCCCGGCUGCGUCGUAUUGCCGAUGACAACGGGGCUUUCCUAUUGGCUGACAUGGCACAUAUCAGUGGGCUGGUAGCGGCCGGUGUCGUCCCGUCUCCAUUCGAGUACUGCGACGUGGUCUCCACGACAACACACAAGACGCUGCGAGGUUGCCGCUCCGGGGUCAUCUUCUACAGGAAGGGUGUGCGUAGUGUGGACGCCAAGGGGAAGGAGACUCUGUACAAUCUGGAGUCUCUUAUCAACCAGGCCGUGUUCCCUGGUCUACAGGGAGGACCCCACAACCACGCUAUAGCAGGUGUGGCUGUGGCCCUAAAACAGGCCAUGACCCCAGAGUUCAAGGCGUACCAGCAGCAGGUGUUGUCUAACUGUCGAGCCUUGGCAGACGCCCUGAUUGGACACGGAUACAAGAUUGUCACUGGGGGAUCUGAUACCCAUCUGAUUUUGCUGGACCUACGGCCAAACGGGACCGACGGAGGGCGGGCUGAGAAGGUUCUAGAAGCAGCUGCCAUCGCCUGCAAUAAAAACACCUGCCCAGGUGACAAGAGCGCAUUGCGUCCCAGCGGUCUGAGGUUUGGUUCUCCUGCUCUCACCUCCAGAGGAAUGGUGGAGGACGACUUCAGGAAGGUUGCAGAGUUCAUCCACAGAGGUAUCCAGAUCACCCUGGACAUCCAGUCCAGCCUACAGCCCAAAGCCACCCUGAAGGAGUUUAAGGAGGCCCUGGCUGGAGAGCAGAAGCACCAGGAGCGGGUGGCCGAGCUGAGAAGGGAGGUGGAGGGCUUCGCUGGGCGGUUCCCCAUGCCCGGCCUGGAGGAACUGUAGAGGGCAGGGCCACAGCCCCUGUAUCUGAAAGAUAGAAUGCCUUGGUCUAUACAGCGCCUUAACCAAUCAUAACCUUCAGAAUAUGUGGGCUGUUUAGCUAUUGGUCCUGACAGAAUUAUGACUGUGACAUCACUGCAGGGUGAUAAUGGCACUCUUAAAGCAGUGCAUUUUCUAGAAUAGGGGGUGUUACUUGGGAUCAGCCUGAAAAAAAGUGCUUCAACUGACGGUUUCCUCCUCUGCAGUAACAGGCUCUGCAGUCUGCUCCAUGGUCCUGUUUGAUCUUCUGCUUUACUGUA